UGAUGCGGCUGGCCGAUUGACGAAGCCGAGGAGACAGCUCGACCUGGAACGUGUCGCCUCGAUCCUUCGAUUCAACCGCCGCUGCGCAGCGCUGCGUCUCCUCCGCCGCCUCUGACGCACAUCGCCGCGCCGCAUGCCCGCAUCCGCCAUCGGCCGCGUCACCAAUCUGCCAUCUUGGAUCUAGCAGAUCGAUCUCCUCGCGCAUGUUCGCUGCUUCGCCUCCAAUUGAGAAACGGCGGCAGCACCAGCGCACACACAUCAGGCACCGACACUGAUUCCUCUGAUUGUUUUUUACGAGUCACAUCCUGUCAAUUUUGAGUGUGGUUUGCAUUGGCUUGCUAGAAAACUUGUGAAGCAGUACAGGGAAAACAAGAGCAAGCAGGGCGGUGAUUUGAAGCGUUUGUGGGACAGAGCUGCUUCAAAGGCGCAGAAGAUAAGUUCAACAUCAACACCAACAUCAGUAUCUAUCGAUGCUGAAAACCAAGAUCAAGAUCAAAAAUGUUUGUAACCCACCUUCCAACGAACUACAGUUGGCACUAGUGCAGACAAGUAAUAACAGUGGCAUGGAACCGGAGAUAGGUUCGCCAGAUGUAGAAGAUGAAGAUUCGGAUGAAGAAUUUGAUGAUGAAGCAGUGUAUGUACUUCAGCCUGAUCCCGGGAAGAGGAUUCCCAUCAUGAACUAUGACGUCAAUGAUCAAGACUUGGUGAGAAGGAGAUACAUUGCAAUGGGGGCUUGUCAACCAAAGAAACAUCAAUUCAAAAUAACAAAAAUUGGAGGUAAUAACCGUCGCUUUUCAGCUCAUUGGUUUGACACAUACGAAUGGCUUGAGUAUAGUGUUGAACUAGAUGCGGUGUUUUGCUUUGUUUGCUACUUGUUCAAGGAUAAAACUAAACAUAAAGGUGGUGAUGCUUUUGUGAAAGGAGGGUUCAGAAAUUGGAACAUGAUGAAAAAUAGGUGUGAAAAACAUCCUGGUUCUCUCACUAGUGCUCAUUGUGAAGCUCAAGAGAAAUAUGAUUUGUUCAUUAAGCCCGAUGCAUCAAUUAGGCAGUCUAUGGCUUCAACUUCCAAACAAGCCAAGGCUCGAUAUAUUUCUCGACUAGGUUAUUCUAUUUACUGUCUGAGAUUUCUUGAUCGUGAGAAGCUGCGAGAAGAUAGUGGGUGGGAAUUAUUUCUAGAAAAUGUCAAGUCUUUUUGUCUGAAGCAUAAGAUCAAAGUGCCCGACAUGGAUGGAUUCUAUAAGUCAGCUCUACGAUCUAAUAAGUUCUUCAAGAAAGUUAAGAAUCUCCAUCGCUUUUGUAUUGAUAUGUUUUUGGGUCUCAUUGAUAGGCAACUUCAAGAGCUCAACAAUAGGUUUGAUGAGGUAAACACCGAAAUACUUGUCUGUAUGGCAUCAUUCAAUCCUGUUGAUUCAUUUGCUGCUUAUGAUCAAGAGAAGUUGGUCAAGCUUGCCCACUUUUAUCCUAAGGAUUUCUCAAAGACGGAAAUAUUGAAACUUCCUUAUGAAUUGUCAAUGUUUAUUGCUGAUAUGCGUAGAGAUGAAAGAUUUAGAAAGGUGAAGAAUAUUGCCCAACUUUCAGCCAAGCUUGUUGAGACAAAGAAGAACAUAUCAUAUGCCAUUGUUUACAAGCUUCUCAAGUUGGUCUUAAUUCUUCCGGUGGCGACUGCUAGUGUUGAGAGGGUCUUCUCUUCGAUGAAUUAUGUGAAGAAUAAGUUAAGAGCCAAAAUGGGGGAGCAAUAUUUGAAUGAUUGCUUGGUUACUUUUCUUGAGCGUAAAUUCUUCAUGCAAGUAAAGGAAGACACCAUCAUUUCUCGCUUACAAAAGGGUGAUCGUAGAGUUAAAUUUUGAUUCUUCUUGCUGCAAUGUAACUGAAUUAUUGGAUACAGUGUUGCUACAAGUAAUAAUUUAUAGUUUCGCUGUUAUUAUUAUGAACUUUUCUA